AUGAUUCUACAGCGGCAAGUACAGCGCAGAUGGCUACCGAGCUGCCGAGCAUUGCUGGUGGCAUGCGUUGCACUACUGCUCCUCUGGUGGGCGCGCGCGAGCUGGUCGACUCGCUCUACAGUGGCCAACAACAACGGGCUCAGGGCAGCGCUCAAAUUCUCGCCCCUGUUUAUGCUGGACACCGACAGCUACAGGUCGCCCUUCGGCGGGUGGGGCGAGCGGAGCCUGCGCAUGCGGUGCAAAACGUACUUCCGGCAGACCUACGAAGUGCAUAAUGCGUGGGAAAACCGCCUGCUGCUCAGAAACGAAGACCAGUAUUUCAAAGACAUCGUCGCCUCGCUCGCAAUGGAGCGCCUGCGUGUGUACGACGAGUGUUUCAUCUCCGGCGGGCUCGCCGUCCACGACAGCAUGCUCGAGCCGCUCACGCGCAUCGAGCUGCGCACCCGCAUGUUCCCGUUCCUGGCUCCAUCGCACAGACAGGACCUCAUCUGGCCCACGGUCAUCAACGCGACCUCCGGCAGGCACAUCCGCAGGCUGCUGAAGAUAAGCACCGGCGAGCUCCACCGCAUCCGCCCGGACCGCUCGUUCUGGUACAACUGGCGCGAGUUCGCCAACGGCAGGGGCAUCGCCGUCGCGGUCAACGACGAGCUCGCCGACAGCUUCCAGGCCCUGCUCGCCGUCCUGGACCACCUCGGCAACACGCUGCCCGUGCAGGCCGUGCACAACGGCGGCGAGCUCUCGCAGCGGCGCUUCGACGAGCUCGUCGCGCACAUCCAGGCGCACUCGCGCCAGCAGGUGUUCUUCGUUGACUGCACGCCCACGCUGCGCAACAUGUGGCUCCGCAAGUUCGCCCGCGUCCCGCCCUCGCGGCUCGCCGCGCUCUUCAACUCCUUCGACGAGUUCGUCCUCCUGGACGCCAGCGCCGUCCCCUUCGUCCCCCCCGCGCAGCUGCUCGCGCUCCCCGAGUUCGCGGACACCGCCGCGCUCUUUUUCAAGGGCCGCGCCUACACCACCCAGCCGCAGCGCAGCUGCCUCCACAGCAUGGCUCGCCUGCUGCCCUCCGCAGAGGAGGCGCGCCUCUGGCGCGGCGCCGCCGCCUUCAACGCGUCCGGCGCCGCCGCCGCCUUCAACGCGUCCGGCGCCGCCGCCGCCCGCGACGGCGCGGCCGCCGCGCUGCUGCGCGCCGGCCUUGUCGACGGCCUCGACCACGCGCUCGUGCUCGUCCGCAAGCCGCGCGCGCUUGCCGCCCUGCUCGCCGCCCUGCUGCUCGACCUCCAGCCCCGCGCGCCCGGCUGCCGCCCCCACGCCCGCAGCCUCUUCCCGCUUGCCCUCCACGCCAUGGCCCUGCCCUACGCCGUCCACCCCGGCGCCGCCGGCGCCCUCGGCGAGCUCGACCCGGCCGCCCCCGCCGACUGCCCUGUCCUCUGCAGCGCCCAGCUCGCCCAUCUCGACGCCGCCGGCCGCCUGCUCUGGGCCAGCGGCGGCCUGCGUCGCUGCCACACCUCCGACGCCCGUCGUGAUUUUCGCGACAAUGACGCCCACUUCCGCCCGGCCCCCGCCAGUCCCGACGGCCUCGCCGAAGCCCGCGCGCGUCCGCUCAGCGUCCACGCCUUCCUCGCUCCCGCCUCGCCCGCCGGCUGGACGCCCCAUCCGGACUGUGCCCAUACCACCCACUGCGCGGCCCUCUGCCGCCAACCGUCCGCAGACGUCAUGCUUGGCACCCUACUCCGCUUCGGCCAAGCCGAACGCCGUCGCCACGCCGACCUGACACGCAUAUGGAACGACGCGCUGCCGGCGUUCCUGCGCCAGGCCUAG